UCGUGCCCUUUCGCAUCCCGGCAGCUGCGCCUGCAGUUCCGGGUUCGAGUCCUCCCUCCUUCCGUCUGCCAGGGCGCGCGGAAGGGAGCCGACCACCCAAGGCAAGGCGGCCGAGAGCGAUGGCUCAGGGGAAGCGCAAGUUCCAGGCGCGCAAGGCGGCCUCCGCGGGGAAGAAAGCCAAGGCGGCGGUGGCAGCGGCGGCCCGGGGGCCUCGCAAAGGAGGCCGCAUAAUUGCUCCCAAGAAGGCUCGGGUCAUCCAGCAGCAGAAGCUGAAAAAGAACCUGGAGGUGGGCAUCCGUAAGAAGAUUGAGCACGAAGUGGUGAUGAAGGCCAGCGCUAAACUACCCAAGAAACUGAGUGUGCUGAAGGCCCCCAAAGCGGACACCACCAAAGAGGCAGGCCACUCCAGCAAGUCUUAGCUAUGACCUGCGUACCUGAGUGGGUGGCGGAGAGCAGCCACAUACGGCUGGAUGACUGUACCCAUGACACCCACCUUGUAGUGUUGGAUGAGCCUACAGAUUAAUAACGUAGCAGCAUUUCGGUUGGUGGCGAAAACUUCCCUUCACACGAGAAACCGGGUGGGCUGUUCUGUGCCUAGGUGAAGAGAUGGGCUUUGUUUUUCAGCUCUGUUGUAUGUAAUAUUGGUUCAAGUCCCAGCAUUUUCCCUGUUUUACAUUUGGACUUGUCUUCUCGUUAACAUCUUCAGUGGAAGCCAUUCUUUCAAAGCUAGCCUGGACUGGGUAGAGUUUGUAGGAGCGACUGGAGCUGUUGCCCAUUAGUGUUUCACCAGCACCAAAUUAUCAGAAUCAGACACAGACUUCAUGUGUUCAUGUGGGUCUUCAGACAUGGCAUGUAUAACACCUAUAUCACAUUGGUAUUUACACAUGUGGGUGUCUUUGCAAACAUGGGAGUCCAGUGUGUGAAUGUUGGGCAGGACCCAGCAGGCUAGGAUGAAUCUCAACCCACUGUUUUCUAUAGGGCUUGAAUGUCUGCAUGAGACUUGAUCCACCGUGUAUGAAGAAGCAGAAGUUCCCAACUGAGCUUUCAGGUUUUUAGCUGUUUCUGGAAACAAGUGUGAUUUACUCUCGUGUGUUUUGUGGUUUGAGUAAAAAGGAUCCCUUCUGUCAUCUGUCCCCUUUCUGCUGCCUUCUGAGGGUCCAUAUAACACACUAGUGCUGCCCAUUUCAACCUCCUCCCUUUUGCAAAACUUCUGAAAUAAUCUUUGUUGAUUACUUUUGGAACCCAGAAGGUCCAUUGGGGCUUGCUCAUAGUGGCUAAUUCUUCCACACGGAGAUAACAUAAAACCAAGGUAUAUGUUCUCAGAUCAGGAAUCCCAAAUCUAAAGUAAUUUUUAAAAUCCUUGUUCCUGUAACUACUGCAGAUGUUUGUUUAUUACUAUAGUAUCUCCACCACAUUUAAUAAAUAUAUUAUCUAAAAAGUGC